GCCUGCACGUCUGUAAUAAUUUGUUUAUGCUGUAAGUGUUAAGAUGCAGCGAUAUAUCGGUAAGUAGGACACUUGCAAACUUGCAGAAGUAGCAAACAGCAAAACACUCAGAUAUUGCGUGAGCGUAUGACCUUCUGUACAAUUCUCCAAAGUCAUAUCCCUUGAAGAGCAGAGAAGAUAUCUGCCACUACGCACGAUAAAAGGUGAAUUUCAGUUGUACAAGAACAGUUUUGUGUGAACCAUAUUUUUCAGCAAUCUGGAACUCCUCGUUGGAUUCACACACACGGUAGAUGAAGAUGUCCACCAUUCGUUUUGUAAUCAUCCUAGCGGCGGUAACCACGUUGAGUAAGGCUGAUAUAACCUCCCUUGAGAUGAAGGUAGAAGGCCUGGAGAACUUGAUAUCUUCUAUGCAGACUUUCGUCCUACAAGACAUGAUAUUAAUUAAAGGCAAGCUUGCGAACACCGACAGAAAACUCGAACAACUCUUUGAUCGAAUCGACAACCUUCAAUCGACAGAACGUGUAGGAGGAAUUUCCGAGGGAGACAUAGAACAAAUAAGCGCCAAGGUGGUUCAACAGGUUUCCGAACGCAUUGAUCUCCAAAACAUUGGUUCCGGGGUUUCAAAAGGAUCAGCUGCUAAACUUGAAGAUCUCGAAAACAAAGUUAAUAAAACUCAUAAUGCCGUUAAAGAAAUGGGAACGGAAAUGGCAACUGUAUCAGACAUUUUAACCAGAGUAAAACGUGGUUUUGCAAAAGAAAAACUUUCGUUGUUAAACGAAGUAAGUGCGCUAAAAGAGACAACUGCCAAUGUAAAGAGAGCCAUCGACGCUAUUUUUGUAGAUUUCAAUAAUACCAUGGAUAGCAUUGAACAUAAACACAAUGAGAUAACAACAAAACUAAAAAGCGAUAUUGGAACACUGGUGACCGAGGUUUCUGAUAAAAUCGCAGAGAUUGUUAAUAAUGAAUCACUAAAGGCAACACAAUUAAUACAAGACACGUUCAAUUACUUUGGCAAAAACGGGGAGCAACUGUCAAGUGAGAUGUCAUCUGUCGCGAUCAACAUUUCGUCACAGUUAGAUGAUCGAGUGGGUGAAGUCGUUAUCAGGCUUGACAAUAUUUCAUUAGAAUGUGUUAAAUCAAUUGGUCGUCUUAACAACCAUAAUGAGAAGAUGAUGUUUUUACACAGGUUUGAUGGCAUUGGUAUAAAGCAUUUUCACGUACUAGGCGCCAGGGCAAGGCUUGCCAAUGCCACACUUUACGACACAAACGGUGUUCAGGGUCGACUUGAGGUAAACGUGAAUGGAGAGUGGGGAACAGUGUGUAAUGUCAACUUUGAUACUUCAGCUAACCCAUACGGUGAGGCAGACGAAGAGACAGUUUCAUGUAGAACCCUGGGUGCAGGGUUCACAAAAGGGCUGGCCCUGCCUAAUAUUCCAUUUGGUCAGAGUAUGGGACCAGUGGUUAUGAGUCAAGACUGUGAUGGCCAUGAACAUUCAUUACAUGAUUGUAGGGACAAUGGGGAUCCAACCUUUUGUGGGCAUGAACGUGACGUACACUUGCGUUGUUUUGAAUAAAGUCUCGUACAGGAAACUGGAUGUUUGUUUCUGGAGUAAGGACUGUCAUUUUGAUAGUAAAAGUGUUUGAGUGAAGAGACCUAAGAGAUCGGAAAUUGCAGAAGUGACUCUCUGCGAUGAUUUUGAAUGAAUGUUUAAAUUGGCCUUAAUGAUAUUGAACUGGCCCUACUUUCUCGAAACUUCUUAAGCUAAACAAGCUUUAGUCGCUUAUUUCAAUUAGCCAAAAUACAUAUUUAUAGAUACAAAAUGAAAAAUAGUUUAUUUUGAUAAUCGUAACGGUUAUACAUAGCAUAAUAUAUAUAUAUAUAUAGUAUUUAACCAUUUAUAGGAGUAUAUGAAACGCAAAAUAUUGAAAAACAAAAAUAGUGGGUUUAGGCUUAUCCUGUUAUAAGAGACUUAAGAAGUUUCAAGAAAUUCGGGCCUGGUGUACAGAUAAAAAGUGUUUCACGAAUCGAACUACGGACGUGUGAACCUUAUAUUCGAAUGAAACAAGUAUAUAAUGGUUGAACAUAGUUUUUUGCAAUCAAAAAAUACAUUGUAUCGGUAUAUCAUAUGUUGAACAGUAAUAUACAUGAUAUUUUGGAACGGAUUGAAACAUAAGGAUACGUUAUACUGUUUUGUUUCCGCCUGUUGUUCAACACUACAUGCGUAAAGAAUAGCCCUGGCGUAGUUUCUGAUAUAAUAAACAUUUGUUAAACUUA